AAGUAUAUAUACUUUGUGAUAAUGGCGGCUUCAAGAUUCCAUUGGCAAUCUCACUUUUACAUCUUAUUUAUACCCACCUAUAGACAGUAGCAGCAACCCAAAGAAAUCCAACAAAAACUAGACAUCAGAAACAAAUAUGGCGCCCGUCGAAUACGCUAUUCCCCGUGGAAGCUUGGUCUUAGUCACCGGAGCUAAUGGGUAUAUUGGCUCACACGUUGUCGAUCAGCUUCUUGCGCUGGGUUACAGAGUUCGAGGCACUGUUCGAGACAAGAAGCCAUGGCUAGAUGAAUUCUUUGAAAAGAAGUAUGGCAAGGACAAGUUUGAGAGUGUUGCUGUUCAAGCGAUAGAAGCUCCUGGAGCUUUUUCCAAUAUUGCAGAGGGGGCUAGUGGAGUCGUUCACGUGGCUUCGGAUGUCUCUUUCGGACUCGAUCCCAACGUCGUCAUUCCCAUUGCGGUACAGGGCACGAUCAACGUGCUCGAGGCAGCUGCCAAACAACCUUCCAUUACACGUUUUGUCAUUACGUCGUCUUCUGCUGCAUUACAUAUUCCCGAGCCAAACAAAAAGGGUGUUAAGGUUGAUGAGAACACAUGGAACGAAGCUGCGAUCAAACUGGCAUGGAGCGGCAACCUGACCGGCAACGUUCCUGCGGGCCUUGAAGGUGCUGUUGUGUAUUCCGCCUCGAAGACCGAAGCAGAAAAGGCUGCAUGGAAGUGGGUUCAAGAGAAGAAGCCUAACUUUGUUCUCAACACUGUCCUGCCCAACUUUAACUUUGGCCAAGUUUUGAUACCAGAGCAUCAGUCUGGUUCUACAAUGGGCUUUGUUCGUAAAUGGUUCAAAGGCGACUUUAGCAUCCUUAGCUUCCCACCUCAACACUUCAUUGACGUGCAGGACUGCGCUCGUCUGCAUGUGGCCGGCUUGCUUGAUCCAAGUGUCAAAGACCAACGCAUCUUUGGCCUUGUCCAAGAAUACAACUGGACGGACGUUCUAGCAAUCUUCCGCAGACUCCGCCCUGAACUAAAGCUGCCCGAAGCUCCUGUAAAUGAGGGUCGUGACUUGACAGAAGUUGUGCCAAAGGAUAAAGCCGAGAAGCUUCUGAAGGACUUUUUCGGCCAGGGCUGGACAUCGCUGGAGGAUAGCCUGAAAGCCGGAAUUGCAGAUCUUUAAGAGGAACACGCGUUAAGGCAAUAGUAACGGGAAAGGAAUAAACCUUUUUAUGAUAUGUAUGCGUGUUCUUCGCGCUAAGUCUUGCGAGGAGUGGAAAGGCAGCUUGAGUAACAAGUGGCGGAAUGCACUUUACAUCAACUGUUUUUCAACUACCGCUCAGAUAGAGAAAUUAUGAAGUUACUUUGCUGAAAAAUGAACAUGAAAGACGCUGAAGAGUUUCAAGGCCACAUUAUAUGCAAAGUCUUUCUUAGA